AUCUAUCAUCCCACUACCACCAUGCUGGCCUCAGGGAUGCUUCUGGUGGCCUUGCUGGCCUGCCUGACUGUGAUGGUCUUGAUGUCUGUCUGGCAGCAGAGGAAGAGCAGGGGGAAGCUGCCUCCGGGACCCACCCCAUUGCCCUUCAUUGGAAACUACCUGCAGCUGAACACAGAGCAGAUGUACAAUUCUCUCAUGAAGAUCAGUGAGCGCUAUGGCCCCGUGUUCACCAUUCACCUGGGGCCCCGGCGGGUCGUGGUGCUGUGCGGACAUGAUGCCGUCAGGGAGGCUCUGGUGGACCAGGCUGAGGAGUUCAGCGGGCGAGGCGAGCAGGCCACCUUCGACUGGGUCUUCAAAGGCUACGGCGUGGUGUUCAGCAACGGGGAGCGCGCCAAGCAGCUCCGGCGCUUCUCCAUCGCCACCCUGCGGGACUUCGGCGUGGGCAAGCGAGGCAUCGAGGAGCGCAUCCAGGAGGAGGCAGGCUUCCUCAUCGACGCCCUCCGGGGCACUGGCGGCGCCAAUAUCGAUCCCACCUUCUUCCUGAGCCGCACCGUCUCCAAUGUCAUCAGCUCCAUUGUCUUUGGGGACCGCUUUGACUAUGAGGACAAAGAGUUCCUGUCACUGCUGAGCAUGAUGCUGGGAAUCUUCCAGUUCACGUCAACCUCCACGGGGCAGCUCUAUGAGAUGUUCUCUUCGGUGAUGAAACACCUGCCAGGACCACAGCAACAGGCCUUUAAGUUGCUGCAAGGGCUGGAGGACUUCAUAGCCAAGAAGGUGGAGCACAACCAGCGCACGCUGGAUCCCAAUUCCCCACGGGACUUCAUCGACUCCUUUCUCAUCCGCAUGCAGGAGGAGGAGAAGAACCCCAACACGGAGUUCUACUUGAAGAACCUGGUGAUGACCACGUUGAACCUCUUCAUUGGGGGCACCGAGACCGUCAGCACCACCCUGCGCUAUGGCUUCCUGCUGCUCAUGAAGCACCCAGAGGUGGAGGCCAAGGUCCAUGAGGAGAUUGACAGAGUGAUUGGCAAGAACCGGCAGCCCAAGUUUGAGGACCGGGCCAAGAUGCCCUACAUGGAGGCAGUGAUCCACGAGAUCCAAAGAUUUGGAGAUGUGAUCCCCAUGAGUUUGGCCCGCAGAGUCAAAAAGGACACCAAGUUUCGGGAUUUCUUCCUCCCUAAGGGCACCGAAGUGUUCCCUAUGCUGGGCUCUGUGCUGAGAGACCCCAGUUUCUUCUCCAACCCCCAGGACUUCAAUCCCCAGCACUUCCUGAAUGAGAAGGGGCAGUUUAAGAAGAGUGAUGCUUUUGUGCCCUUUUCCAUCGGAAAGCGGAACUGUUUCGGAGAAGGCCUGGCCAGAAUGGAGCUCUUUCUCUUCUUCACCACCGUCAUGCAGAACUUCCGCCUCAAGUCCUCCCAGUCACCUAAGGACAUUGACGUGUCCCCCAAACACGUGGGCUUUGCCACGAUCCCACGAAACUACACCAUGAACUUCCUGCCCCGCUGAGCGAGGGCUGUGCCGGUGCAGGUCUGGUGGGCGGGGCCAGGGAAAGGGCAGGGGCAGGGGCGGGGCUUGCGAGAGGCGCGCAGCUAAGACUGUAGGCAGGAUGGCGGAAAGGAAGGGGCGUGGUGGCUAGAGGGAAGAGAAGAAACAGAAGGGGCUCAGUUCACCUUGAUAAGGUGCUUCCGAGCUGGGAUGAGAGGAAGGAAACCCUUACAUUAUGCUAUGAAGAGUAGUAAUAAUAGCAGCUCUUAUUUCCUGAGCUAGUACCCCCGUGUCACCUUUGUUCAAAAACCAUUGCACGCUCACCUCACUUAAUUGCCACAAACCUCUGCGAAGGGCGUUAAUGCCCAUUUUACACGUGACAAAACUGAGGCUUACAAAGUUGUCUCUGAUGUCUCACAAAACAUAAGUGCCCAGAAAAUCUUUGAACACAGAUCUGUGCCCAUAGCCCUCUAGACACAUUCUUAAAAACCACCCAUUCCUCACGUAAAACAGCUUAGUAUAGCAUCACAUGGCCUGAACAUCCCUGUCCUGGGGAGUUUUCCAGAGACCUGGCGGGUGGCUGUCCUGCCUUCACUGCACACAUGCCCACACUCUCACCUACUCAACAUGCUUUGAAUACCCGGGUGUAAUCUGUGCUCGCUACCAGAUAAGGCCACUGUAGCCCAUUCAGAGUCAGUCCAGGGACACAACGAGACAUGAAUGGACAUACAGAGUCAGUCCAUUAACAAUUUUUUGCAGAGCAGAAGUUUUUAAUUUUAAUGACAUUCUGUCAAUAUAUCCCUUAAUGAAGAAGUUGAAGGAAAGAAUCACUUACAGAGAAUGAGAGAACUCUGGAUCAGGACAUAGCCAUAUUCAUGUGUGUGAUCAUGUUCAGACAUGCAUGUGAGCAUAUGACUGCAUAUUCUCCUCCGUGUAUGCAUGAAACACAUUCCACUAUGGGUUUCUGAAGGCUGGGCUCUCCUGAUGGAUCUGGGGUCUGUUGUAAGACCCAGCUGAGAGUUUCACAAUCACUGCCCACUCUCAAAGAAGUUAGUGUGUGUCCCCCUUAGAAGCUCCCUUACAGCUUUCACGAAAAUUAACUCCAAGUUUAUUGUAGACCUAAAUGAAUAGUGAGUACAAAACUUCUAGAAGAUAACGUAGGAGAAAAUCUAGAUGACCUUAAGUUUGGUGAUGGCUUAUUAGAUACAACACCAAAAGCACAAUCCUUGAAAGAAGCAAUUGAUAAGUCCUGUGUCAUUAAAAUUAGAAGCUUCUGCUCUGCAUAAGAAUUGUCAAGAGAAUGACAAUACAAGCUACAGACUAGGAGAACAUAUUUGCAGGGGAAAUACCUGAUAAGGGACUUACAUUCAAAAUACACAAAGAACUGUUAAAACUCAAUAGAAAACAACCCAAUUAAAGAAUGGGCAAACGAUCUGAGCAGACACCUCACCAAAGAAAAUAUACACAUAGCAAAUAAGCAUAAGGAAAGAUGCUGCAUAUCAUAUGUCAGUAGCCAUUUCAAAUUGAAACAAUAAUGAUGUACCACUACUCACCUAUUAGAAUGGCUAAAAUCCAAAGCUGACAACAUCAAAUGCCGACAAGGAGGUGGCUCAACAGGAACUGUCAUUCAUUGAUGGUGGGAAUGCAAAAUGGCACAGCUACUUUGGAAGACAAAUUGGCAGUUUCUUGCAAAGCUAAACAUAUUCUUACCAUGUGCUGCAGCAAUCAUGCUCUUUGGUAUUAACCCAAAUGAGUUGAAAACAUAUAGCAACACAAAAACUUCUGCACAGAUGUUUAUAGCAGCUUUAUUCAUAAUUGCCAAAUCUUGUAAGCAACCAAGAUGUUCUUCAACAAGUGAAUGGAUAAAUGAACUGUGAUAUGUUCAUACAAUGAAAUAUGGCAGGGCUUGAUGGCUCAUACUGUUAAUUAUAGCACUAUGGGAGGCCGAGGUGGGCAGAUCACUUGAGGUCAGGAAUUCGAGACCAGCCUGGCCAACAUGGUGAAACCCCAUCUCUACUAAAAAUACAAAAAUUAGCCGGGCACGGUGGCAUGCGCCUGCAGUUGCAGCUACUUGGGAGGCUGAGAUGGGAGAAUUGCCUGAAUCCAUAAGGCAGAGGUUGCAGCGAGCUGAGAUGGAGCCACUGCACUCCAGCCUGGGCGACACAGUGAGAUUAGAAGAAGCAAUAUUGUUAAAAUGUUCAUACUACUCAAAGCAAUCUACAGAUUCAAUGCAAUUCCUAUCAAAAUACCAAUGACAUUCUUCACAGAAAUAGAAAAAACAAUUCUAAAAUUUAAACAGAACCACAAAAGAUCUAGAGUAGCCAAAGCUAUCCUAAGCAAAAAGAACAAAAUUGGAGGAAUCCCAUUAUCUGACUUCAAAUCGUAUUAUAGAGCUAUAGUAACCAAAACAACAAGGUACUAGCAUAACAAGUUACGUAGACCGAUGGAACAUAAUAAAGAGCCCAAAAACAACUUCAUACAUCUACAGUGAAUUCAAUUUCAACAAAGCUGCCAAGAACAUUCAUACACUGGGGAAAUAACAGUCACUUCAAUAAACGAUGCCAAGAAAACUGGACAUCUAUAUGCAGAAGAAUGAAACUAGACCCCUAUUUUUUGACAUAUGCAAAAAUCAAAUCAAAAUGGAUCAUAGACUUAAAUCUAUGACCUCAAACAUGAAACUACUAAAGAAAACACUGAGAAAGCUCUCCAGGACGUUGCACUGGGUAAAGAUUUCUCGAGUAGUACCCAACAAGCACAGGCAACCAAAGCAAAAAUGGACAAAUGGGAUCACAUCAAGUUAAAACGCUUCUGCACAGCAAAGGAAACAAUCAACAAAGUGAAGAGACAACCUACAGAGUGGAAGAAAAUAUGUGCAAGUUUUCCAUCUGACAAAGAAUAAUUGACAAAAAAAUAUAAGGAGCUCAAACAACUCAAUAGGAAAAAAAUCUAAUAAUCCAAUUUAAAAUUAAUAAAAGAUUUGAAUAGACAUUUCUCAAAAGAAGACAUACAAAUGGCAAACAGGUCUAUGAAAAGGUGCUUGUAUUAAUCCGUUCUCACACUGCUAUAAAGAAAUACCUGAUGGCACGAUGGCUCAUGCCUGUAACCCCAGCACUGUGGGAGGCCAAAGCGGGCAGAUCGCCUGAGGUCAGGAGUUCGAAACCAGCCUGGCCAACAUGGUGAAACCCUGUCUCUACUAAAAAUACAAAAAAAAGUUAGUCAGGCGUGGUGCUGGGCACCUGUAGUCCCAGCUACUUGGGAGGCUGAGGCAUGAGAAUUGCUUGAACCUGGGAGGCAGAGGUUGUAGUGAGCCAAGAUCACACCACUGCACUCCAGCCUGGGUGACAGAGUGAGACUCUAUCUCAAAAAAAAGAAAAGAAAUACCUGAGACUUGUAUUAAUCCGUUCUCACGCUGCUAUAAAGAAAUACCUGAGACUGGGUAAUUUAUAAAGAAAAGAGUUUUAAUUGGCUUACAGUUUUGUAGGCUGUACAGGAAGCACAGCAGCUUCUGCUUCUGGAGAGGCCUCAAGAAACUGCCAAUCAUGGCAGAAAGCAAAGAGGGAGUAAGGCAUCUUAGAUGGCGGGAGCAGGAGCAAGAGAGAGUGAGCGGGGAGGUGCUGUACACUUUUAAACAACCAAAUCUCAUGAGAACUCACUCACUAUCACAAGAACAGCACCAAGAGGACAGUAUGAAACCAUUCAUGAGAAAUCCAACACCCUCCAGCAGACCCCACCUCCAACAUUGGGAGCUACAAUUCAACAUGAGAUUUGGUGGGGACACAGAUCCAAACCAUAUCAGUGCUCAACAUAAUUAUCAUCAGAGAAAUGCAAAUCAAAACUACAAUAAGAUGUCAUCUCACCCUAGUUCAAAUGGCUUUUAUCCAAAAGACAGGCAAUAACAAAUGCUGGCAAGAAUGUGGAGAAAAGGGAACUCUCAUACAUAUCUCUUGGUGGAAAUCUAAAUCAGUACAACCACUAUGGAAAACAGUUUGGAGGUUCCCCAAAACACUAAAAAUAAAAUGACCCUAUGAUCCAGCAAUCCCACUGUAUAUAUCCAAAGAAAAGACAUCAGUAUAUCCAAGAUAUAUCCACACUCCUAUGUUUACUGCAGCACUAUUCACAGUAGCCAAGAUUUGGAAAUAACCUGACUGUCCAUCAACAGAUGAAUGGAUAAAGAAAAUGUGGAUAGAAUGGAUAAAGAAAAUUCACAAAAAGGAGUACUAUUCAGUCAUAAAAAUGAAUGAGAUCCUGCAUUUACAACACAGUUGCAACUGGAGGACAUUACGUUAAGUGAAACAAGCCAGGCACAGGAAGACAAAGGCCACAUGUUCUCACUCCUAUGGGACAGCUAAAAAAAAUUGAACUCAUGGAGGUAGAGGUAUAAUGAUGGUUAGCAGAAGCUAAAAAGGGUAGUGGAGAAGGGAGGAUAAAAAGGAGAUGGUUAAUGGAUACAAAAAUACAGUUACAUGGAAAGAAUAAGAUCUAGUGUUUGGUAGCACAAUAGGAUGAAUGUAGUUAACAAUGAUUAUAGUAUAUUUCAAAAUAACUGAGAGUGGAAUUGGAAUGUGCCUAAUACAAAGAAAUGAUAAAUGCCUGAAGUUAUGGAUAUCCGAAUUUCUUUGAUUCGAUUAUUACACAUUGUGUCUAUGUGUCAAAACAUCACAUGUACUCCAUAAAUAGUACAACUUUCAUGAAAGAAAAAGAAAAGAUUGGCCAGGUGCGGUGGCUCACACCUGUAAUCCCAGCACUCUGGGAGGCCAAGGCAGGCAGGACCGCUUGAGCUCAGGAGUUCAAGACCAGCCUUGGCAAAAUGGUGAAACCCUGUCUUUACAAAAAAUACAAAAAUUGGCUGGGCAUGGUGAUGUGCACCUGUAGUCCCAGCUACUUGGGAGGCUGAGGUGGGAGGAUGGCUUGAGCCUGGGAGGACAAGGCUGCAGUGAGCUGUGAUCGUGCCACUGCACUCCAGCCUAAAUGACAGAGGGAGACUCUGUCUUAAAAAAAAAAAAAAAGAGAGGGAGAAGGAAGGAAGGAAAAUAAAAGGGAGGGAGGGAGGAAAGGAGGAAGGGAUGGAGAAA